CAAGUGGCGUCUCCGUGUCCCCAAAUCCAACCGAGUCGCGACCUCCCCCACACAAAAACAGAGCCGCGCACGCAUCGUUGUUGGUCGACUUCCCUCCCGCAGCUCCGCCUCCGCCUCCGAGUCCGGCGACCGCGAGCAACCCAGCCGGAGACAGCGCGAUGGGGCUGUGCUCGUGCUGCUGCCGGUGCCUGGAGAUCAUGUGCGCCAUCCUCCUCCCGCCCCUCGGCGUCUGCCUCCGCCACGGCUGCUGCUCCAUGGAGUUCUGGAUCAGCGUGCUGCUCACCAUCCUCGGCUACCUCCCCGGCGUCCUCUACGCCGCCUACGUCAUCUGCUCCGUCGACCCCGACCGCGUCCGCCGCCACGACGACGACUACAUCUACGUCGCCUGAGCAGCACUCCUCUCCUCCCCCGCCGUGUGGUCUUUCUGUGGGAUUAGGUUAGUGGAAUGAACCAGCCCUGUUCCUGCCCCCCUGUAUAUGUACAUUUUGGACGGGUUACAUAGUGCCUGAAAUUGGAUCCAGAUUUGCUGGUACCGUGGAUUGCAAUUACUGCAGUACUACUGCUUACUUGCC